AUGGCGGAGAGUUCAGCUGUCGGAGAUAUUCCUGCCACCGAUCAAGCGUGCUUCGAUGGGUUCGUUUUGGCUGUUCUUGCCUAUGGUGUUUUAUUAAUGCUCUGUAUCCAAGUCACGCAGGCCCUUCUUUCUCGUCCCAAGCGUGGUCGUGUUUUCUUUGGAAUUGUGAUCUACUCUUCGAUUCUCUUCCUAUUGACAACUAUUGCAGUUGGAGGGAAAGCAAAGUUCGCUGAAAUGGUUUACGUUGUUCACCGGGACUAUCCCGCCGGGGUGGAAGCAUACGAGAGAGAAAACAGUGGUCAAUGGGUUAACGUCAUGAGCCAAAUUUGCACCACGCUUAUUCCUUGGUUCGGCGACUUGUUCAUGAUGUACAGGAUGAUGGUAGUGUGGAAUUAUGAAUGGUGGCUUCUAUUCAUUCCUCUACCCAUCUACAUGGCCCGUCUCGGCAUGUCAUUGCUGGUCAUGAUCGCCCAAACUCAACCGAAUUCCACAAGAUGGGCUGCGCAUGUGUCAACGUACAACCUGACUCUCUACGUUCUCUGCAUUUCUCUGAGCUUCAUUUUUACCAUCCUCAUCGCCCUUCGCCUUCAUACGCUCAGGGGCACCGUGGAGAAAGUUAUGGGGAAACUUCAGGCUUCCUUUUAUACUUCCGGAACCACCAUAUUCGUGGAGAGUGGAGCCUUUCUUACGCUUUGGUCAUUUUGCUACAUGGUCACUUUGGCGAGUAACAGUUGGGCUCAGGAUAUCUUCUUAAAACCAUACCCAUACAUUGUUACAAUAACAUGCAUGCUCAUCGCGCUCAGGAUGUCCCAAGAUUGCGCAUGGACUUGGGACAUCACUGUUGCCACCGCGAGCGGUGUGCUGGAAUGGAAGGUGUCCUCUACACGGAGCAUUGGUUUACGCCGUGAGUCGGACGACGGGAGUAUUGCCUACGGUCACAACUCGAACAACUUUGAAAAGUCGUUCAGCGAGGAGAUAAGUACGACCGGAAGCCAUUGA